UGACUUUGGUGCUCGGCAGAGAACAGAAAACAGAGACUGCUCUGACUCUCUUGUCCGAGUAAUGAAUUCCGUGAGAGAGGUAAGAGGGUGAGCUCAGUGGCGGUAGGCGAGUGGUUGGUCGAUUUCAAUUGCAGUUGGUACAAAUCCUCCACCGACAGGCCUCAGUAAAAUUUAGCACCCUCAACGACUUCUCGCUGCAAUUUCCAUUCUAACUCCAUUAACCUUUCUUCCCCCCACCCCACUACGGCACUACCUCUAUUUGAUCAUUCUCUUUCCCUCUAUAUAAUCGACCUUUUCCUUCUCACUUUCAUCCAACAGAGUCGAGUAUACGUCUCUUCCCUCUUCUAGUAGAAGUCGAUCUUUAGGAGACACAUGGCUCAGGGAAGUGGCAGUGCCAGCCGAGCUACCGCCGCCCUCGGGCUGGCCUUACUACUCUGCCUCCUCCUUGCUCACGCUGCUGACGCAGCUACCUACACCGUCGGCGACAGCGGCGGCUGGACCUUCAACACGGCCAGCUGGACCCGCGGGAAGCGAUUCCGCGCCGGCGACGUCCUCGUGUUCAGGUACAGCCCCUCGGUGCACAACGUGGUGGCGGUGAGCGUGGCCGGCUACAACGGCUGCUCGGCGCCGCGCGGCUCCCGGACUUACACCUCCGGCAACGACCGCAUCACCCUCGCCAGAGGCAGCAACUACUUCAUCUGCAGCAUCGCCGGCCACUGCCAGGCCGGCAUGAAGAUAGCCGUCGUCGCUGCCUGAGCAAUCUAUCUAAUUUAUCAGUAAUUUAUAUACUUCUCCGCAAUAUAUCAGCCAUCGAGUGACUUAAAUAAAAUACUUCGAUCCUGUCGACGCGAGGGGGCACCCUGUUUGUAAUGGAUCAAUAUAGUUAAAAGUAGUAGAAUUACGAUGCAAAAAUUUGAUUUUUGGUAGUUAUUGCGUUAUCCAUA